AUGCAGGCAGCACAUGAUCAUGAUGUCCAGCUUCGGGCUUAUGGCAUCACCCUCGAGGACUUUUCGCGCGCUGGGUUCGAGUUCCCCUUUCUCGAUCUCUCGGGGGACGGCUAUUCCUCGUUCCGCUGGGCACCAGCUCAGCUCAUUAGCGCCACGAAUGAUAUCGCCGUCGAAGGGUCACGAGCAUACGGAACCAUCGUGUCCCCGGCCAAGUACACACCGUUGUGUGACGCUUACAAGCGCCUGCCCAACGGAAACACGUAUUUCAGAGCCAGCAGCGUGGCAUCCUCAGAAUUCGUCGAGCUCGAGAUGGCACGCGUCUCGUUUCCCAAAUUCAACCCCUACCCGCUGGAGCUCUUCAAGAACAUCACGAAUCAGCCUACCUUCGCCAACGCUACGUCGUGUGACAACAUGAUCCGGCUGUUCAACACAACCAUGUCAGUCGGAGAGCACGCGCCUGUCCCCGUGCGCGGCAGGAUCAAAAGCGCGCGCUCUCCCCUUUGA